ACCAAGCGUACGGUCGCACAUUAGAGUGGUGUCAUUGUGUUCCUUCACAGUAAGUUAUGCACUGUUCAAUGGGCCAUAUCAGCAGUUUUUUACUUCUGCUAUGUUUUCCUACCGCAGUGUUAUCCAAUGUUAGCAAAAAACAGAUGCACGGUCCUUCAUUCAUCCACGAACCUCCCGAACAUGUCUUGUUCUCCAAUACAACUGGUUCUGUUAUAUCAUGUUCGGGACAAGGUACUCCUCAGCCAACAGUAUCGUGGUAUCGAUACGAUGGAAGCCCAGCUAUUAGUGUUGCAGGCUUACGUCAACUUAGACACGAUGGUACUCUUGUCUUUUUUCCAUUCCAAGCGAGCCAGUAUCGACAGGAUACUCAUGCAACCGUCUACAGAUGUCUGCUGUCAAACAUCGUAGGUGUCAUCAGGAGUAGAGAUGUACACGUCAAAGCAGUUGUUUUUCAGCCAUUUGCUUCUCAUGUUUCGGACCAUUUUGUAAUUCGAGGAAACACGGCUGUUAUCAGAUGUCUAUACCCAACUUCUGUUAAAGACUACGUUAAAAUAACUCUCUGGAUGAGAGACGAUGGAGUCACUAUUGGUUCUCCUGGUCUUACAGGAGAAAAAUAUAUUAUCCUUCCUACGGGAGAGCUUCUAAUUCGUAAUAUAAGUCCAGCAGAUGCAAUAAGAGGAUAUAAAUGUCAGCUUCUUCACCAGCUAACUAGUCAAAGUAUAAUGAGUUCUAAUGCUGGAAAGAUAAUUGUUAGAGAACCGCUAAAUCCAUUAGCGCCAACCAUUACCGAGGCAAAAACUCUAAUUCGAGCCAGAGAAGGAGAAAAGGUGUACAUACCAUGUAUUAGUCAAAGCUAUCCACAAUCUACCUAUCGCUGGAUGAAAAGAGAUGGUGUAAGAUUACUUCCGAUUCAAACAUCAAGCAGGAGAAUAUUGCAUGGAAACGAAAUACUUGUUAUACAACAGGCAAUAUCCGAUGACAGCGGUGUAUACAUCUGUAUAGCUAACAAUAGCGUUGGAGAAGAGCGAACAGAAACAAAGCUUUUAAUUUCUAAACCGCUAAAUCCAUUAGCGCCAACCAUUACCGAAGCAAAAACUCUAAUUCGAGCCAGAGAAGGAGAAAAGGUGUACAUACCAUGUAUUAGUCAAAGCUAUCCACAAUCUACCUAUCGCUGGAUGAAAAGAGAUGGUGUAAGAUUACUUCCGAUUCAAACAUCAAGCAGGAGAAUAUUGCAUGGAAACGAAAUACUUGUUAUACAACAGGCAAUAUCCGAUGACAGCGGUGUAUACAUCUGUAUAGCUAACAAUAGCGUUGGAGAAGAGCGAACAGAAACAAAGCUUUUAAUUUCUAGUCCUCUUAGUUGUCGAAUAGAACCUAAAAUUCAGAAAGUCGACAUAGGAAAACAAGCUUUAUUAAAUUGCAAAAUACAAGGACAACCAGUUCAUAGUAUAAAUUGGCUGAAAGACGGUUUUCCAAUUAUUCUCAACAACAGAAUAUCACUUAUAUCACGUGAAGUUAUUCAGAUAUAUCCUGUACAGCGCGAAGAUAAAGGAAUGUAUCAAUGUUUUGUUGGCAACGAUAUAGAAACUUUUCAAUCGAUAGCAGAAAUCACAAUUGGAGAGGAUGCGCCUACGUUGAUUUACACCUUCAGAGAACAAACCAUUCAACCAGGCACCUCUAUAUCUUUAAAAUGCUCUGCUGCUGGCAAUCCUUUACCACAAGUUACUUGGUUAGUGGAUAAUUCUGCUAUACCCGAGGCGUAUCAUAUUCGUAUAGGUGAUUACGUCAGUGACGAGAGAACUGUCAAUAGUUACGUCAAUAUAAGUUCUCUGAAAAUUGAAGAUGGUGGAAUAUAUACAUGUAUAGCCCAAAAUGAUGUAGGAAGUAAAUUGUACUCGUCGAAACUCAAUGUUUAUGGGCCACCUUUUAUUAAACCUAUGAGAAAUAUCACCGUUCUAGAUGGACAGAAUAUUCAAAUAUCUUGCCCAGUUUCUGGUUAUCCAAUUGAGAAGAUAUAUUGGGAAAGAGACGGUAGAAUUCUUCCGCAUAACCACAGACAGAGAAGUUUUAACAAUGGCACGCUGGUUAUUCAGGAAGUACAGAAAAGAAACGACGGAGGGCGAUACACCUGUAUUGCUGAAGACAACAAAGGGAGAAGUGCCCGCAGGGAUGUCACCAUGACUAUUAUGGCACCUCCAGUUCUAGAACCCUUCUUUUUUCCUAAUGAUCUCACCGAAGGAAAAAGAGCUAGCGUUGCUUGUGUAGUAUCCGCAGGAGAUCUUCCCAUACAGAUUCGUUGGUUGAAAGACGGUCAAUCACUUUCUAAAGAUUUACAUGCUACAAUUACAAUGGCUACAGAGUUUACUUCACUUUUAUCCGUACUAUCAGUCUCUCAACAUCACAAUGGUAACUAUACGUGCAUUGCUAGUAAUCCUGCAGCACAAACUAAUUACACGGCGGUUAUGGUCGUUCGAGUACCCCCAAAAUGGAGCAAAGAACCGAAUGAUAAAUCUGUUGUGAUGGGACAAGCAGUUUUAUUCGAUUGUCAAGCACAAGGAUUUCCUGAACCAGUUAUUCGAUGGAAAAAGUCUGGUGGUGAUUCAGAAACGGAUUUUCAAGUAAUUAUCAGCAGUCAAAAUAUUCAAAUAUUAGAGAAUGGUUCUUUAUCUAUAAAAGAAAGUAUAAAAGAAGACGAAGGAAAUUAUAUGUGUCAAGCAAAUAACGACGUUGGUUCUGGUCUUGGCACAAUUGUUAAAUUGAAUGUGCAUGUUCCCGCUCAUUUCCAGAAGAAAUUUCAUACAGAAACAGUUCGUAGAGGAGAAUCUAUAACAUUAAAUUGCGAAGUAUUCGGCGAGAAACCUAUAGUUAUAACGUGGAGCAGAGACGGACAUAGUUUUAAUCCCGAAUUCGAACCUAGAUAUGUAUCUGAAGAGCAAAUACGUACAAGCACGAGUUCUGUUAUAUUUACCAUCCGCAUUCCGUCGACAAGCAGACGUGAUUCAGCUGUUUUUACAUGCACAGGAGAGAAUUCCUAUGGAAAGGACGAUACAAAUUUUCAGAUAGUUGUUCAAGGUAAGAAGCAUCUAUCCAUAUGUCAGAAAAUAUAUCCUCCAGCGAGUCCCGCAUUAGAAAUCGUAUCCUCUACAUCAUCAUCCAUUUAUUUGACAUGGAAACCACUUAACUCAGAUGACAAUCCAAUUUCUGGAUACAUAAUUUAUCAUAAAUCUGAAAUUAAGGAGUGGGAAGAGAUCCAAUUACCAGACGAUCGCACGAGUUACACAUUUAAAACUCUUCGAUGCGGAAUGAAAUAUCAGUUUUAUCUAGUUGCAUAUAAUAAUGCGGGUAGAGGUCAACCCAGUGAUGUAAUUUCUGGCAGAACCGACGGUACAGCUCCAAUUUCGCCUGAUAAGAAGUCCUUAUUGACUAUUAAUUCCACCUCUGUUAUGUUACAUCUUUCAAGUUGGCAAAGUGGAGGAUGUCCCAUCAACUUUUUCGUCAUACAAUACAAACCACGCGUGCAAAAAGAAUGGAUAUUAUUGUCUAAUAACGUUCUCACUGAACAGAAAGUCGUUGUUAUUACCGAUCUAAUGCCAGCGACUUGGUAUGUUCUUUUAAUGACUGCCCACAAUGAUGCAGGAUCUGCUGAAGCAGAAUUCGUUUUCGCUACACUAACUAUAACAGGAGCAACGGUACCGCCGUUAUCAUCGCAGCACGAUAAGAAUCAAUUUUAUCAACAAUUGAAAAUAAUCAUUCCUGUCGUAUGCACCACCAUAGUUCUUGUUUUAAUAGCCACUAUUACUUGUGUUAUACUUAUGAGAAGAUGCCAAAUUUCAUCAGCUCCAGCUGUGCAGCAAGAGGAUCAAAGGACAGAGUCGGAAGUUCCCAAGCCAACAGAUACGGUUCCGCUUAGCGUUUGGGAGAAAAGACAAGCUCGUUUAGGGCACAGCAGGGAACAGUUGUACUUCCCGUCUCCUUAUGCCACCAGUAGGAUUUCUAUGUAUUCUGCAGAUGGCGAUCCAGAACCUGCACCACAUAGUGGGUGGAGAGGAGAACAUACGUACGACGUACCAUUUCUUCCAAGACAGAAGGUUAAUUCACUUCUUUGUAUAUCUUCACAGCCUCCAGCUAAAGAAGACCAACAUGGAAUUAUUGAAGGUUAUUACGUCGGUUACAAAAUGAAAGAAGUUAAUGAGCUUUAUACCUACAAGACAUCAGUGGCUGCUCCUGGUAAUAAUCAAGAAUGCGAACUUUCCAAUCUCAGAAGACAUACGAAAUACUCCAUUAUUGUCCAAGCCUUUAAUUCCAAAGGAACGGGUCCAAAAUCCGAAGAAGUCAUUGCACAGACCUUAGAAUACGAUCCUCCAGCGAGUCCCGCAUUAGAAAUCGUAUCCUCUACAUCAUCAUCCAUUUAUUUGACAUGGAAACCACUUAACUCAGAUGACAAUCCAAUUUCUGGAUACAUAAUUUAUCAUAAAUCUGAAAUUAAGGAGUGGGAAGAGAUCCAAUUACCAGACGAUCGCACGAGUUACACAUUUAAAACUCUUCGAUGCGGAAUGAAAUAUCAGUUUUAUCUAGUUGCAUAUAAUAAUGCGGGUAGAGGUCAACCCAGUGAUGUAAUUUCUGGCAGAACCGACGGUACAGCUCCAAUUUCGCCUGAUAAGAAGUCCUUAUUGACUAUUAAUUCCACCUCUGUUAUGUUACAUCUUUCAAGUUGGCAAAGUGGAGGAUGUCCCAUCAACUUUUUCGUCAUACAAUACAAACCACGCGUGCAAAAAGAAUGGAUAUUAUUGUCUAAUAACGUUCUCACUGAACAGAAAGUCGUUGUUAUUACCGAUCUAAUGCCAGCGACUUGGUAUGUUCUUUUAAUGACUGCCCACAAUGAUGCAGGAUCUGCUGAAGCAGAAUUCGUUUUCGCUACACUAACUAUAACAGGAGCAACGGUACCGCCGUUAUCAUCGCAGCACGAUAAGAAUCAAUUUUAUCAACAAUUGAAAAUAAUCAUUCCUGUCGUAUGCACCACCAUAGUUCUUGUUUUAAUAGCCACUAUUACUUGUGUUAUACUUAUGAGAAGAUGCCAAAUUUCAUCAGCUCCAGCUGUGCAGCAAGAGGAUCAAAGGACAGAGUCGGAAGUUCCCAAGCCAACAGAUACGGUUCCGCUUAGCGUUUGGGAGAAAAGACAAGCUCGUUUAGGGCACAGCAGGGAACAGUUGUACUUCCCGUCUCCUUAUGCCACCAGUAGGAUUUCUAUGUAUUCUGCAGAUGGCGAUCCAGAACCUGCACCACAUAGUGGGUGGAGAGGAGAACAUACGUACGACGUACCAUUUCUUCCAAGACAGGUGACGAGACGAACGGGUUGGAAUUCUUUGGACAAGAUCCGGAAGAUGAACAAAACUGUGCCUAUCUACAGCAAGGUAGGGUUAAAUGGUAAUUUUAUCACGAAUUUAAUUUCAGGAAAAUGCUCUAUCGUUUUAAAUAUGCAUCUGUAUCGCCUUUUAAAGCACGAUUCAGUGAUUUUUUCAUUUGAAAUUACUUAAAGAAAUCAGCAUUUUUUUUUCCUUUUUAGUAAACUAUUCUAAAACUUAAUUCGCUUUUCUUAAUAAAGGAAUUAAAAAACUUAUUUAGUUAUAAAAAAAUUUAAAAAAUAA